AUGGCAGAACAGGAGACAUAUCUCGCCGUUCUCAAGGCCUCUUAUGACUAUGAUCCACAGCCAGAUGCAGAAGAAGAGCUAACCGUCAAGGAGAACCAGCUCCUCCUUCUCCUCGAGCGCACAGACGACGACUGGUGGAAAGUCAAGAUCAAGCCGGAAUCCCAGGAGGAGGAUGGACCUUCUGGUCUUGUUCCGGCAGCGUAUGUUGAGCCAGCAGAGCAUAUCUCAGUUGUGAAGGCACUGUACGACUACGAGGCGACACAAUCAACUGAACUCAAUGUGAAGGAAGAUGAGAUCCUUCUUGUAUUCGACAAAGACGACGACUGGUUGCUGGUGCAGAGUCAGGCGAACGAGGGCAAGGUCGGGUACGUUCCUGGGAACUACGUCGAGGAGACUACGGGCGAGGAGCAACCUACAACGGCAGUAAUUCCCUCAAUACCUCACAUCGUCGUCCCUCCGUCUCCACCGCGUCCCGUCAGCGUCUACAUCGAUCCUGCUGAUCGCGUAGCGGCUGCGCCAAAGGCACAAGCUGACGAUAUCCAGACCUGGUCAGUCUCUGAGGUCGAUAAGAAGGGCAAGAAGAAGAAGGGGACUCUCGGCGUCGGAAACGGUGCAGUGUUCUUUGCUAGCGAGUCGGACAAGACACCAGUGCAGAAAUGGCAGACCUCGGCAAUACAGUCAGUCAAGCUCGAGAAGUCGAAGCAUGUGCACAUCGAGAUCGGCGGGGAUGAGUCCGUCAACCUGCACUUCCACGCCGGCUCGAAGGACGUCGGGGAAGCCAUCAUCGCCAAGCUCGAGUCCUCGCGAUUACUCUCUGCACCUCCGCGGCCCAGCGUGUCGGCGGAAGAGGAGCCAGAGCCAGAGCGUCUACGCAGCGCCGCGCAGAAGGCCGUCCAUUUCGAUGCUGCGGCUCCGGAGAUCAUCCCUCCGCGCGAGCCUUCCGAGGACGGGGAGGAAGAGGACGCCCUGCACGAAAAUGCCGCUGAGUUGAGUGCAGAGAACAGCGACAUGGCGGUGGCACUAUACGACUUCACUGCGGAUGGCGUGGACGAGCUGUCCGUACAGGAAGGGGAGAGCCUCAUAGUCAUCGAGAGGGACAGCGACGAGUGGUGGAAGUGCCGUAAUGCUUCCGGCGCAGAAGGCGUUGUGCCUGCCAGUUAUGUCGAAACGGUAGCGGGUUCGCGUGCGGUAGCACUGGCCCGUGCAGAACCCGAAGAAGACGCUGUAGCCAUCGCAAGAGCCGCCAGGGAAGAGGAGGAACGCGCUGAGGCCCGACGUCGUAAUGAGGACGCCCGUGAGAAGGCCGAACGAGAGCGGGCAGAGAGGGAGAGCAGGAAGCUGGAGGCAGAGCGACGCGCCAAGGCUGCCGCAGCAGCAGCAGAAGCCGACAGGAAACGGAGAGAACGGGAGCGGGAGACACAGAAGGAGAAGGAGGGGGAGAGGGAGCGCGCUGCCGCGGAAGAGGAGGCUCGGCAGAGGAAGCAGAGGGAGUCAACCUCGGGCAUUCCUCCGUCUCCUCGCAAGAAGUCCAAUGGAGAUUCGAGUUCCGGGCGCACAUCAUCAGAUAGACGUGGCCCCCCUCCUGAGAACACUCGCGUAUGGCACGACAGGACUGGCCAGUUCCGCGUCGAAGCGGCGUUCCUUGGUUUCGCGAACGGCAAGCUGAGAUUGCACAAGGUCAAUGGUGUUGUCAUCGAGGUGCCGUCGGAGAAGAUGUCCUCCGAAGACUUGCGCUAUAUCGAGAAGCUCAAUAGCAAGAAGUCUUCCCCUCCGCGCAGGUCUGCGGAUGACGACGACGAACCAUUGGAGCAACGUAGGAGGUCCUUGGUGCCAGAUGCGGCGCGCUCAAGCACCUUCAAGACCGCAACGUCUGCUCCUAAGAAAGGGCCUACAGUCGAUUGGUUCGAGUUCUUCCUCAACGCGGGUUGCGAUGUCGAUGACUGCACUCGAUACGCGACUUCGUUUGAGCGGGACAAGAUCGACGAGGCAAUCCUACCCGACAUCACCGAGUCGACCAUGCGGUCUCUUGGGCUGCGCGAAGGCGACAUCAUCCGUGUCAAGAAGGCCAUUGAACAGAUGCAGCCGAAGAAUAGCAGCUCCAACGACGCUCUUCAGGAACAAUUGCGCCGCGAUGAGGAGCUCGCUAGACAGCUACAGGUUGAAGAUAACGGCUCCUCUAACGGUCGGUCGAGAAGCCAGCCUCCAAAUCUCUUCGCGGCACCGAACGGAGCACUGAAGACGAGUUCAAUGCGGCGGGGACGCCCACAGCCCAGCAAGAGUCUGCCACCUUCAAGCGUUGACUUGAAAUCGAUCACAACGGCGUCUGGUCAGAUUCUGCGCAGUGACUCCCCGAUAGUUACCACUCCAGAAACAACUACGACUUCUGCUUUACUUCCUGUGCAGCCUCCUCCACGGUCGAGCUCAGCCAUGCCUUCUGUCAGCGGAUUCGACGACGAUGCCUGGACGAACAGGCCUAGCUCUACGAAGCCCUUGGCUCCUACUCCACCUGUUGUUGCUCCCCGGGCACCAUCUGCUCCUCCGGCAUCAGCACCGGCACUUCCAACAUCUGUUACUCCUGCUUUCCGUAUGCAGGUGGCCCCCACACCACCUGUACAGCCUGCGGUGCUUCCAGUGUCGGCUCCUGCUACCUCGGCGCAGCCACAACUGACAGGAUCGUUGGCAAAGACAACUGAGAACGACGUCUUCGACCAAUUAGCUCGCCUGAGCCAGAUACGGAAUCAGACCCCAGCUAUCGCGUCGUCUGUCUCGGGUCCGGCUCUCACAUCGACUGCGUCUCUGGCUCCUCCUAUAAGUUAUCAGUCUGGCCUCGGGAUGGGUUCCUCUCCCAUCCCCACUGGCCAGCAUCUCCAGGCGCAACGGACGGGGUUGUUGUCACUGCCUCAGCCACCACCUGCCAACGCGCCACGCGGACCAUUUGCUCCUGUGCCCGCUAAUCAGAGCUUGUUGCAGCCCCUGAUCCCUACCACUACUGGGUUCAACAGUUUCGUGCCUACUCGGCCACAGAGCGCACAGUCGCCAUUCCAGACAUCUCCACAACCCAUGUCUUUUCUUUCUGCACAACCAACAGGAUUCGCCAACGCGGGGCAGCCAUUGAUGUCACAGAUAACUGGGUUCCCAAAUCCGAGUCCCAUGUCCCAACCAACUGCGAUGCCGAGCGGAAACUUUGGCUCAAUGGCAGGAGGCUUCUCGCAGAACCCAUCGUUCCAGACCAACAGUGGCUUCGGUCAGAUGCAGAGCAACCCUACAGGCUUCAACCCUGGUUUUGGCCAGUUGCCGUUCAGUAAUGGCGUUAGCUCUCCUCCACCAGCCCCUCCAGCAUCAUCUGUGGCGAGCACGUCUCCUGCGAACGUCUUCGCACAAAUGAAGAGCGGGACUUUUGCCACUAAUGAAACCUCUGUUCCACAAAGCGCAGAUAAAUAUGACGCUUUACGUCCGAAUCCGCUCCUUACCGCUCAGCCCACAGGAUGGGGUUAUUCCGGGAUGAACGGAUACCAGAAUGCAUACGGCUACCAGGGUUGA